UACAACUGCAGAUGAUGUUUUACUCUCUUGAAAAUCAAUAGCGCGGCAUUGGCACUGUAUCUGUUCCACAGGAGCUACCUUCUUCUCGUGCAAUGGGACAAAUCUAUAGAAUCAACCACCUCCAAGAGAAUGGAAGCAUGUCAUCAAUGAGGAUAAAGUCGACAUUUGAUCUUUAAAGGAUAUCACACCUCUUAGAGAAUGGAGGCCUAACUGGACCAUAGUGACUCCGUAGAUCGCUAGAGUUGUGUAUUGAACUGUAAACAGGAUAUAUAGUCAAUAAAUAUAUAUAUACUCCGUAUGAAAGAUGAGAAUAAUGAAACUCACGGAAUAUUCUACUCACAACGGACGGCAGAUUCCACUGUGUUGAAGAGGCGCCAUUUCCACUGGGAGAAUCUCCAAAAACAACGGUCUGGCACGUGAUACAGAUCGCACUAAUAAAAGAAUGGGCCUCUUUUUCGCCAAAUAGAGUAGAAAUGGCAUCACGUCACAAUAUGGUCGUCUGCUGUUGGAGUCGUGUCCGUAGCUGCGGAUCAAAGUUAUUCCCGGCUUAUAUUCUUUAAGGACACUUGGACCAGACUUACAUUUUUUCAAUCCACCGUGUCAUUUAAUUAAUGUGGGACAUCGGCUAUGCAGGAUGAGACAACUCAGGCCAAUAUUUUGAACGAACUUGGUGCCACCCCGAUCCGGAAAAAUGGACAUAUUUCGGGGGACAAUGAACGGAUUAUUCUCAAUGUGGGGGGUGUCCGGCAUGAGACCCACGUGUCUACUCUACGGACUGUCGCCAACACACGGCUAGCCAGACUGGCUGAGAGACAUUUAAUGUUAGAUCAUAAACGUGAGGAGUACUUCUUUGACAGACAUCCCUCCGUCUUUAACUCUGUGAUAGAUUUCUAUAGAACGGGUGAGCUUCAUGUACCUCUGGAAGUAUGCGGGGCUGUGGUUAUGCGGGAGUUGGAUUUUUGGCAGGUGGAUCAGCACGCCAUCAAAUCUUGUUGCUGGCGUCAUUACCGAUCUUACAUAGAAAACAAAAGAAUCCUCGACUCCUUCAACCGCAGUCUGAAGAAAGAGACCUUUUCUGUUGACGUCAGUAAGUUUGAAGGAUGGAAAAGAGUACAGAUGCAAAUGUGGUUAAUUCUAGAGCAUCCAAGGACUUCCAAGAUAGCAAUGGCGUAUGGAGUUGUUUCCCUGAUGUUCGUUGUUGUGUCUAUCCUCGGAUUUUGUUUAGAAACCCUGCCGGGUCUUCGACCAAGCCAACGUUCCCACAACAGUUCAAUGAACGUUAACUGCCCUGGAAACAAAACGAAAAUCAUAGAACUCAGGGAGAACGAAGCACUCUACAUUUUAGACAUAAUCUGUACAGUGUACUUCACCAUAGAACUCGUUGUCAGGUUUAUCUUUGCUCCACAGAAACUGAAGUUCAUCCGUUCCGCUAUGAACAUCAUCGACCUACUCGCUCUGGUGCCUCUAUAUAUGCAGUUAAUUCUUAACUCGGAUGACAUGCGAGCUUGCUAUAUGAAUGAACAGUUGAUUAUUGAGAUCAUGUUCGUACUCCGUAUUAUACGUAUGUUCCGAAUAUUUCAUUUGGUGAAACAUUAUCAGGCGUUGAAAAUCUUAGUGUAUGCGUUGAAAGCAAGUCUUCAAGAAUUACUCAUGCUCGCGAUUUUCCUUAUUAUAGGUAUGUUAAUAUUUUCAUCCUUGAUUUACUAUGCAGAAAGGCAUAAAAUUGAUUCUGGGGAGCCAGAAACUAUAACAACCAUUCCAAUGGGAUUUUGGUGGGCGAUAAUCACCAUGACGACAGUAGGGUACGGUGACAAACAUCCGACCACAACUGUCGGUUACAUUGUGGGAACCGCAUGCGCAGUCGCUGGUGUUCUUAUGAUUGCGCUCACCAUUCCAGUUAUAUCCAAUAAUUUUACACUUUUCUACACACAUGUACGUUCAAAAGGAGGAAAGGGACCCCCUAAUUCAGAUUCGAAGGAAUCACUCGUAUUAUCAUCCAUUGAUGAUCUGGACAGAGAAACAGAAUUUGAUGAAAAACGGAAGUUAUCAAGCGGGUCUUUGGUUGUGGAGGCAUACAUGAAUGGAACGCAUGUUAUCCGGAAAUUGACUUCAAAGUCUGGAAGUCCACAAUAUUCUCCAAUACUGAGAAGAAUUCCGGAGUCCAACUCUUUAGUGGACAUUUGUGAUAGGCGGAAAUGCAAUGGAGAAUUUGACCUGAUUAGAAACAACAGUAGCAAAGCUAAGAGUGACGAUGGUGUUACUUACGCAGGGGAAACACCGCUUUGAUAAAAACAAGUCUUCUUUUUUUAUUCUUGGCAAUAAUGUAAUUUCAAUGUAAUGUAAAUGGUCAAUAUAUUGUACAAUUAAGAAAAAUAUUUUUUUCCCCUUAAAUUUACGUUAUUAUAAUUUUUUUCUGAAAUAUAUCUUAUUUCAUUACAGCCAAAAAGUAAUAUUAAGAUAAAAUUUUCUUUGAUAUACAAUGUAAUUUGAUUUGGAGACGUACUAUUCUUUACGGUACGCUCCACGUGACUACUGAUAGUUUCUGGGAAAAAAUGUAUAGAACUUUGAACAUUUGUCACCUAAUGUCCAGAGAGUUGGCAAAUAUAUAUAUCAUCCAUGCACAUGAUAAAAAUCAACUUCGGUUACAUUUUCACUUUCUCUAUAAUUCUUGUAUAUGUAUGUGAAUAUCAAUGCACAUUUCAAAAAUCAUUUUCAGCGAUCAUAAUUCAAGGUUGUUUUCCCCCAUUUUAAUGCUAUGCAAGAGUGUAGGUUGGUGUAGUAUAAUUAUUCUCAAAUUAUUGUGUUUAGUUUAAUAUUUAUAUUCUUUGUUAAAAUAUUGUUAUUACAUCAUUUUUAAUGAGCUUGCACAUUACGAUAGGACCAAGUUUACACACAUAGAAAUGGUGACCUAACCCCAACUCAAAAUCCAUCCUAUUUAAAAUCUGUAAUUUCAAACACUAUUAGUGUAAAACAGUAUUAUGAAUAAACAUGCUAUUUGAUAUACAUGUAAUAUAUAAUUGCAUGCAUGUAUUUACAUUUAUGACCAUUGUAAUUUCCAGAUAUAUUCAAAGUGAAUAAUUGCUUGAAAGUUACUCGAAAUCCAGAUACUUAUUCCAUUCACAUUUUAUCGCGAUGUCAUUCCAAUUUUUAGUGAUCAUGGUUGGGGCUAUGGCAAUGUUUAAUUUCUUUUGAUAUACAUGUAUUUGAAUGUUGUGUUUACUUAUCACUUUGUAACGUGACUUUGUUAACCCAGAAAUGCCCUUUUUUUAAACAGUGAUUUUUUUUGUUGAAAUGCAAACUAUCUUACAUAUGAUUUGAUAGAUAACGUUUUAUCAACGAAUAUUAUCGUACUUACAAUUGUAUUAACAAAGGUAGUUGUUUUAUUUGAUCUACGUAGCCAGCUGGGUUUUUUUUUUAUUACCAUUCUGUACAUAUAGCUUUAAAUUGUUAAUGAAUCGAAGCUUCCAAAGUUCAUGUUGGUUUUCUCUGAAAAUGAGGAAAAUGUUAUUAUUUAUUUCUUAACCCCAAAAUAAUUUUUUUUGGAAUGUGUUUUAGCAAUCCAAUGAAUACUACCGUCGUUAAGAAAUGCAGAUUGUAUGUCCGAAGUCAGAUGGUUUGACAAACACGAGUUUUUGUAUUGUUGAUUGAGCAAUAAUUGUAUCUUUCAUGUAUAUAUGGUGAAACAAUCAUUUUUUAAAAUUUUAAUGGUAUAUGUCACACUAUGUACAGCUUUUAUGUAUGCACAUACUUUUUGAUAUUCUAGUUAUUUUUACUUUGCUCACUUUGAUAAUGUACACUAAUACGGUGAUGGACUAUGAAUCAUGAUUUUAUUUGUGUUUAUACUUUUUCUUUCAAUAUUUUUACACGUUGCAGACCAAGGCUUUUACUUCGUGUCGUGUCGUUACGGGCUUACUCGUGUAAGUGCACUGGCUAUUCAGAUAAGCAUUCCACGUGAAAUUUUACAAAUUGUUAUCUUCGUUUAUUUGCUGCUAUUUACAUCUCAAUAAAAUUGAGUUGAAAUGCAAACUUACUUGAUUUAUUCUGGUAUAAGAACUUAAAACUGGCGUCUUUAAAGAAGGAUAAAGCUUUGUUACUGCACGAUUUGAAAUAUGAACAAAUUGUCUAAGAUUACAAUGAUUAUAUAGGUAUAGGAAGAUUAUUUGUAUAGAAUGUAGUCUUCAUAUAUUGAAGGGACACACAUUAAUUCAUCUAAUAUGUACUAAGUACCUGUAAAGCAGGUAUUCAAUUCAAGCACGCUUUUUUACUCACUCGAAGGCUUUUCUUUACCGCAUUCACACCCACACUCCAACCCAUACUAUACUUCCAAAAAGAAAUGUUAGAAAUAAAUUUUGUUUCAAUAAUUAAAAAAAUGGUCUCACCAAGCAAUGUUUGAUAGAGCAAAUUCUCGUAUAACGAAGUAUAGCUAGAAAUGGUUGUCCUAAUGAUGAGUGUCGUAUAAGCGUUAUGCAAUGGGUAGUAGCCAAUGGGAAUGUGUUUUGGUAAUGGCGUGUUCGAAUGGGUUAACAGAGAUUUCUAGUAUUCAUUCUAUUACUGCACAGGCUUUACCGGACAAGUAAAAAACUUUUGCUCAUUGUAAUAAGCAGGUUUACAAAGAUUUGUGAGAAUGAGUCCGCCAUUUAUUGUUUUCUUGCAGAGCAUUACAAUAAUGCUCAAUAUACUCAUGUUUGGGAAUUGAUUACUUGUGUAUUAUAGCUUUGUGUUAUCUCUUUUUUUCCAACCAUUUGAUUUG